CAGCCGUCUUUCCCGCCUGUGCUCGCCUGGAGCUUGGCUCUCCGUCUUUGCCGCUCGCCUGCUGUCGUCCCCGGUCGGUGUUUAUAUAGCUCGCUUGGCCGAUCAGUCGGCUUGAAUCCGCUUCUCGUCGCCCGCCUUCGAGCCUCGUACCUCCUUCCUCCGCUUCCCAUGUUCUCCCCUUCAAAACUCGCAGCCAUCUGGGCCACACUGGCUUUGGCUCUCGUCUCGGCGGCCCUGGGUCGCACUCUCAAGUGGACCAGCUGCCCUGGGUUGGAUGAGCCCUAUGCCUGCUCGUCGUUGGUGGUGCCCCUUGACCAUCUCGACCCUGGCUUCGAAACCAUCUCGAUUGGUCUCAUUCGCUAUCGCCCCUCCAUCUCGAAUGGUUCCAUGGGCAGCAUCCUGAUCAACCCUGGCGGCCCUGGUGGCUCCGGCGUCGAGGUCGUCAAGGUGGCCGGGUCGAUCCUCGCUACCAUCACCGGCGGAGGAUACGACAUUGUCGGCUUUGAUCCCCGCGGCAUCGGCGAGUCGCAGUCUGUCCUCUGCAACCCGAGCGUCGACGCUCACACGACCUUCGAUGCCAUCGAGCUCGAGCUCGCCCUCAACAUUCCCGGAAUCAACCCGGCCUGGGCAAGCUUCCAGAAGACCAAGGCCCUCGCCUGUGGCCGAUACUCGAGCGGCUAUCUCCCUUUCCUGUCGACGGCAUACGUUGCCAGAGAUAUGGACCUCAUCCGCGAGGCCCUUGGCGAGAGCGUGCUCAAUUUCUUUGGCUUCUCGUACGGCACCUUCCUCGGUCUCACAUAUAUCAACAUGUUCCCGGAUCGAGUUGGCCGCGUAGUCAUUGACGGCGUUGUCAACCCAGAUAUGUACACGGCCACCCCCAUCGACAUGUGGUCCGGCUCGCUCGUGGACAUCCUUCCCGAGUUUGAAGAGUUUGGCCGACAGUGCCAGCAAGCCGGCCCCACCGGCUGUGCCCUGUCGAGACCCGAGGGCAGCGGCCGUGAUGUCACGGCGCGCAUCAGAAGCCUCAUCAACGAGCUCGACGCCGACCCCAUCAGCUUUGUUGACUCUGGCAUCCCCACGGUCAUCAGCGGCAGGUUUGUGGGCCAGAUCGUGUUCCAAGUCAUGUACAGUACCACGGCUUGGCCCGCUCUGGCAGCUGCUCUGCAGGACAUUAUCGAGAGCCGCAACGCCACAGCGAUCGCCCGGAUGUCGGGCAUUACCUCCGAGAAGCAGCUCUGCCAAACCAAGGAUGUCUCGGGCAACAACGGCUUUCCCUCGGUGUUUUGCCUCGAUGGACAUGGUAGCGACAAGCUUUCCCUGCAGCACUGGAUCGACGCCGAUAUCGACAUGAACAGCAAGUACUCAUUCUUGGGCACUGGUCUCUUGCUGCGAUCGCUCUCGUGCAAGUACUGGCCUGUGAAGGCUGCUGAGCGCUACACCGGCCCCUGGGACCGCAAGCUCAAGAAUAAGGUGCUUAUCAUUGGCUCGACCUACGAUCCUGUCACCCCCCUCGCGAGUGCCCGCCACGUCGAGAAGCUGAUGCGAGGCAACGGCGUGCUGCUGCACCAUGACGGCGCGGGCCACACUAGCCUGGGGCAGUUCAGUUUGUGCACGAUGGGCAAGCUGUGGAGCUACUUUUACUUUGGCAUUCUUCCCGAGCGAGGCACCAAAUGCCCGAUCACCGUGCCGGCGUUCCCUCCCCCGGAUGCGCCUUCGAUGCUGGUCCAGUCCGAGGAGAUGCUCAGCCAGCUUGACCAAGCGUGGGCGGGCCAGCUGAAGCUCGAGGACAUUGAAGUGCUUCAGACCCAGAUUGCGUUGGUCAACACCAAACAUCUUCUGGGCCACUGAGUCGCAUAGCCUCUGCCUUCGACUGAAUCGCAAGCCGUGCGUUGCUUGGAUCUUCGCGGUGGAUGCAGAAGAGCCUUGCUCACCAGUCGUCGGCAUUGUAAUAUGUGUCUGGAUUGAUGGCAGCGGAUGGUUUGGACAGUUUCCGCUCGCACGGUUCUUGAAUCUAGCGGGUGCUCAGCAUCCUUUGCCUUGAGGCAGUGUGAGACCGAUGGCACUAUUGGAAUACUGAAUAAAUGUACCUCGCAGUAUCGAAACCGUG